AUGCAGACAAUUGAUACGACGAUUACCGCCAAAGGCUCGAACAUGGAUAGUGGAAACAGGUCUCAUCGGACAAGAGAGGGCCCAUGCAGUAGAAUUGCCUCUAGUCUUCCUCCGCUAAUUACCGCUGUUUCCCUGAACCCCCGAGCCAAUCAUUUCGACAUCUCUUCUGUCUCAGACGGCGUCAGUCCUCAUCAUCGUGGAGCUCAAAAUAAAGAUCGCUCGAGGGCUCUCGCCCGGCACAUUGCGGCACAUUCACAUGGGCCGAUGCUCUUGACUCUUCGCUUCGAUAAUACGAAGAGUGAUACGGUGAAUGUUGACGACGGGGCUAACGCCUCGAAAGGCACAGACAUUGGCAGGAUAUCCGACAAUGACUUCGAGGCUGGUGUCAGUAUGGACAUUCUUCGAGGUGGUGAAAUCCUGGGAACUAUUACAGAUCAUGUGGGUAAUGUCGCUCAAUACGCUUUUGCAAUCCCGGACACCGAUUUUAGUCUCGAGGAUGUCCCGAGACCAUGUGAUGGCCUCGCAGCCGAGAAUGACACUUGCUUCCUCAAAGUCAUUGAAUUGGAGGCUUCCAGUCGUGGCAGGAGGAGCCCACUUUCGAAAUCCCGUCCUUUUCUGAUGACGGAUAACUGA